GGCUUCCCUCUGGAUAUAGAGGUGACAGCUAUGGGAUAAGCGUAUGGGGAUUGAACAAGAGCAAAGGAGGCGUGAUCCAUGAGAAGUCCCUUGGGUUCAUGCCUGUCAUCCAGAACUGCGCUUACUCGCCUUUCCCUUGACCAAGCUUGCGCCCUCGUACCCCUCGUUUCCCCCCGUCUUUCCUUUGCUUUCCAGGAGCUUUCCUGUCCCUUAUCAUCGAACUGGGAGCUGUCUCGGCCGAGUCCGAACUUUCUUCCCAUCACGAUAACUCCACUUCUUUUGCCCACAACAGGAAGAUUUGGGGAUGCUUUCUUCAACGUGCCCGUCUGGGGAUAUCGACCGAUAUACCGUGAACCCUCUCAAGUCCCAGACCCCAGAUACCAAAUCCCACAUCCUGCGCAACCCGAGUUCUGUUUGCUCUUGGACCCCGAAAUUGCCGCCGCUUUGGUGGCUUUUGUCGUGUUUUAGCCUCCUUCCCAUCCACCCGGGAAAGUUCCCAGCCAUACCGUUCAAAAUAUCUCUUCACCUCCCGUUACGCUCUGGCCCAUAGACACUUGCCAACAGCUUCCAGCCUCAUAUUCCAGCCCCAUACUUCAUCCUCACUCUUGCCGUUUUGCUAUUAUAUGGGUUUUUUAUCCGGAUAUUCUGUCUCUGUCUGUCUACCUUCGUGUAUCUGGGCUCCAAUGUUCCGUCAUUAGCUUCCCCGGCACCCUUUUCUUUUCUACAGUACCGUCACCGUCAAGCCCUUGGCGGUACUUUGGCUGGGAGGCAACCGGCAUCACGCCUCUCACUUGAUUGAUCCUUGUCUCCUGUCACGCCAUCGUCCGUGGAGCACGAAGCUCCUACGUCCACUCACUAACUAUGAUCCCCAAGACGAUGGUCUCCAACGAGGUCUAUUUACUUCCCCUGAACGACGACGGCUCGCCCCAAGUCCCCGG